CUGACACCGGGAGGAAAGGGUCCCACGUUAAGGGGGGGGCGCGGUUCGGGGGACGCGAGGCUGACUUUGGGCUUGCUUUCCUAUUUUUUCAUGCAUACAAGGUCCGUGAGCAAUCGCAGUAGCAGUGGUGAAACCUGCAGUGGUCAGUACCUGUGCAACUGCCGAAAACAUGGUGGUCAUCCUUCUGGGGAAUUGGGAUUCAACCAGUUGCCGCGCUGGCAAAGAUGAAGUUGGGGCUAGAAAAAUCUAUUUCACGUUGUGCGUUUUCCCUUUGUUUGAAGGAAUGACAGGAAUGGAGACUGAAACUGCAAGAGACAAAGCCAUGGAAGAAGAAAGCACUGAACAGAAAAAGGAGAGAGAGAAAAAGAAGAGGUCGAGGGUUAAACAGGUGCUGGCAGAUAUAGCAAAACAAGUGGAUUUCUGGUUUGGCGAUGUUAAUCUCCACAAAGAUAGAUUUCUCCGAGAACAAAUAGAAAAAUCCAGAGAUGGCUAUGUUGACAUAUCGCUGCUUGUUUCUUUCAACAAAAUGAAAAAAUUGACUACUGAUGGAAAAUUGAUAGCUCGAGCCGUUAAAAGUUCGUCUGUUGUAGAGUUGGAUUUAGAAGGAACUAGAAUCAGAAGACGCCAGCCGCUGGGUGAGCAACCGAAGGACGUGGAUAGUCGUACAGUCUACGUGGAGCUGCUUCCCAAAAAUGUCAAUCACAGUUGGAUUGAGCGGGUGUUUGGGAAGUGUGGUAAUGUAGUUUACAUCAGUAUACCCCGGUAUAAAAGUACCGGCGAUCCAAAGGGGUUUGCUUUUGUUGAAUUCGAAACUAAAGAGCAAGCAGAGAAAGCUAUUGAGUUUUUGAAUAAUCCACCAGAAGAAGCACCCCGGAAACCUGGGAUUUUCCCAAAAACAGUAAAGAAUAAACCUGUUCCUACACUGAAUACAAGUAACAGCAGUGUAGUAGAAGAGAAGAAGAAGAAGAAAAAGAAGAAAUCCAAAAUUAAGAAAGAGAGCAAUGUACAGGCAGCUGUAGAGACAAAGGAAUCAAACGCACACACUACAACAGAGCAAGCACCCAAGUCAAAAAGACAUAGGACUCCAUCGGAGUGUUCAGAAAUGGAGGGAACGGAGACUCACAGGCAGCCCUCAAAGAGGGAGAAAAGAAAAUGGGACAGGACAGAAAGCUCAGAGGUACCUUGGGAAAGCAGGCCGGGGAAGAGGAAAAGAACCAGCUCUGGAGAUGGUGAGACAUCAGCUCCGAAAGUGAAGAAAACAGUUCAAAAGGAUGAAGUUCAUCCUGUAAAAGAAGAAACAGCAGAAGCCCUGAAAGAUUCCAAUGACAUUUCUGCAGAAGAUGACAAAGAUAAAAAAGACACAUCCCUUUCAAAAUCUAAAAGGAAACACAAGAAAAAACACAAAGAAAGGCACAAAAUGGGUGAAGAAGUCAUUCCGCUCCGAGUACUCUCCAAGACCGAAUGGAUGGAUUUGAAGCAAGAAUACUUGGCCCUUCAAAAAGCCAGUAUGGCCUCCUUAAAGAAAACAAUGUCUCAAAUCAAACCUGAGCCCAUGGGUGAGAUGGAAACGGAAUCUUGUGCACAUAAAAAGCCUCAAUCUGAAAAUGACAGAUCCACCAGUGAAGAUUCAGCCCCUCCUGCCAAGGCUAACACAAUGGGGCCCCAGUUUGUGAGUGGAGUAAUUGUGAAGAUCAUUAGCACUGAGCCCCUGCCGGGCAGGAAGCAGAUCAAGGAUGCUUUGGCAGUGCUGGCUGAUGUUGCUUAUGUUGACAUGCUGGAGAGAGACACAGAAUGUCAUGUCCGUUUUAAAACCCCUGAGGAUGCACAGAUUGUCAUGAAAUCAUACAAAGAAAUACAGAUCAAAAACAACUGGAAAUUUGAAGUUCUCGCUGGCGAUCAUGAGCAACGUUAUUGGCAGAAGAUUUUAGUGGACAGACAAGCUAAACUUAACCAGCCUCGAGAAAAGAAACGGGGUACUGAGAAGUUGAUUGCUAAAGCGGAAAGAAUGAGACUUGAAAAGACUCAACAAACGAGUAAACAUAUUCGCUUCACUGAAGAUAACUAACCAAGACUGUGGUUGUGAAAGUGAACUAGGUAUUUAAAAAAAAAAACAAACAACAAACAACCAAAAACAAACCCCACAAACACCGCCGCUUACAGCAAGUUACCCGUUUUUAAGAAGGCAUCAAACCCGGGUCCGUUUGAUUCAUAACUCUGCAGCCUGCCAGUGUGAAGAUUGUUCUGAAUCCCAUUUUUAAAUAGGCUGAAUGUUUACUGCUUCUGAGCCUUUAGAAGAAGCUUCGGGGGAAGAAACAAGAAAACCUUUGUUUGUUACAUCUGGUAACUCUACCUCCAGCAGUAAUUCUCACUUACAGAUAAGUGUUAAAGUUGUGUAGUUCACAAGUUGAGAGGAUGAUCUUAGCAUGCUUGAAAGUACUUCAUUGUAGGCUGGCAGUGCUUAAAAACUGAAAAAACUAAACCUUAAAUUGGAAUGGUAGAAAAGGUUGGGCUUCUGUACGACUAAGUCUACUGUUAAAACUCUUGAUUAAUGUAAAGAUAAAUUCACAUGUUCCUUUGUGAGAUUUUUUUUUAGUGCAUUUUAUUACAGGGCAAAUAAGACCCUAACACACUGGUGUAUAAGGAUGAGCAAGUUAUUUGGAAGCUUGGAAGUACGUUCCUAAAACACCAUGAGAGUCUCUGGAAGGAAACCGUAUCAAUGACGCUCGCGGCAUUUUUGCAGCUAUAGGUGUUGCUGGUAAGAUAGGCUAAUGGUUUUAAAUCCUAUGCCCUCCAGUUAACCGCAGCAGCGUAGGUAUUUUAAUGAUACAUCUUAUAACAAAGUUUGGUGACACUGGUAUCUUUUCGCUGUCCAAGAGAAGAAUCUGCAUUAUUUCUGCUGAAUUCUUCAGAGCAGCGUGUGUAUAACACCCGUGGUGGCUUUGCAGCCAGGGAGGACGGGAGGCGAAGGAAGGAAAAGUAGGAAAAAAAAAAAAAUAUUUUUCAAGAGAUGAUACCAAAGCAUCUUGACUGUAGUCAAGGUACCCAAGGUAAGAGUAGAGAAGCAGCGCGGUAAGAGCCAAGGAAUGCCGGUGGGCUCGGGUACCACCAGCAUAAGUCUCCGUCCUUUGCUCCCAGAGAGUCCAAUCCCCCUCCUGGGGCAGUGAAGCGAGUCAACGGGGAGGAUUACGUCAAACUGGUGGAGAGGGUAUAGCAGUGAUCCCAGCGAAGAUAGCAGAAACAGAGGGGGGAAAAGUGGGAGAUAAGCGGCAGGCUUCUGGGGGUGGAGGGGAAGAGCUUGCUCAUGGUUCUUGGAAAUUGCGUAAGGACGAUUCCUCCCGGGGGGAAGGUGGGGGAAGGCUAGGAGCGAACCUGGGGGCCGGGCGCUCCUGGUGGACUUCAGCUGUAAGCAGGCGUGUAGUCCCACUGCAGGAUUUUUUUUUUUUUUUGGUAUUAUCAAUUUAAUCUUCUGCUCCUCUGUUACACUAGGUGGGUAAGAUGUUUGAUGACACAGAAGAGAGAACGGAGAUACCUAGCUAGGAAAAGAAUCGAUCAACGAAUGCCUUCUGGGCAUCCUGCCUCAGAUAGGAUUAUUUUAUUUUAUUUUUA